UUCAGCCGGUCAUUAUUAUUGCUCAGGAUGCCUAGCGACAGCAGAAGAUAUGUAGAUGGAAAGCUGCAUGGCUCGGAUUGCGGAGGAUGCUGGAGAACAAGACGACAGAUGCGUCUCGCCUGCUGUGGGAAUAUAAACUAAGAGCAAGUUUAAACGACUCGCUUUGGAGGAUUUUCCCAAGCGGUUGCGGAUGGAGAUUGAGCAUUAGUGGUCGUUAUGAUCCGGAGGCUGAUCAUCACUCGUUUUCGCAUAGACAAUGAUGACAAAUGCAAGAGGGAUGGAAGAAUUGUGAACUUGAAUGAGUGGAUCCAAUUGCAAAUUACAACCUGUUAAUUGAAUAUCAGGCAGCGGAAGCAUCCAGCAGACAUUUCUCGUAAAAAGUGUGAUGGGACAGAUGGUGAGGCCUUUGUAACAGCAGUGAUUUCUUUGGAAGAAGCUUAAAAGAAUGCAGAAACAAUGAAAAUGAUGGGCAGCUGUAGGACUCUGGCUGGGCCUGAGGGCCAAAACCUCGUUCUAGAAUAAAGAAAGGAAGAAAAGAAAAACAUCAGCCCUUAACCAGCAUCUGCAAAGACUCCCCUUCCUCCUCCCUCAUGGCUUGACCUCUAUGCUGUGCUGUGCUGAAGAUCUUUCCCUGGAGGACUGUUUCUCUGACCUUAGCACAUGGAUUUCAAGACUUCAAAUGAAGAGACAAAGACCGGGAUUUAUUUGCUUCAAGAUGGUAGCGAGGAGCCUUUCAAUAUCCGUCUGCACCUGGCCAAAGAUCUUCUCACCAUUCAAGAGCAAGACGUCAUCUGUGUGUCUGGAGAACCGUUCUACUCGAGCGAAAGAACAGUAACGAUCCGUCGGCAGACAAUCGGAGGGUUUGGGUUGAGCAUCAAGGGUGGUGCCGAACACAAGAUCCCUGUUGUUAUAUCUAAAAUAUCAAAAGAACAGAAGGCUGAGCUUUCCGGACUUCUGUUUAUUGGAGAUGGAAUUCUCCAGAUAAACGGCAUUAACGUGAGGAGUUAUCGUCAUGAAGAAGUGGUGCAGGUUCUGCGAAAUGCAGGUGAGGAAGUGACUCUGACCGUGUCUUUCCUGAAGAGGACGCCUGCAUUUCUGAAGCUGCCGCUGUGUGAGGACUGCUUAUGUACGUCUGGGAUUGGACACGCUAUAUUCACCGGUAUACCAAGUGACCAGAGCAGUGGAACAUCGUCUCCACUGUGUGACAGCGGCCUACAUCUGAACUACCAUCCCAACAACACAGACACAUUGUCUUGCUCAUCUUGGCCGAUGUCUCCGGGGUUGCGCUGGGAGAAGAGAUGGGUGGAUCUUCGUCUCAUACCUCUCUUGCAUGCACGUCUGUCCCAGUACGUCCCAGGUUCUGACGUUUGCAGGCAAAAUGCCUUUCAAGUUAUUGCUGUGGAUGGGGUGUGCAGCGGGGUAAUUCAGUGCCCCAGUACUGAUGAAUGCACCGAAUGGCUGCAAGCAAUAGCUUCAAACAUUUCUGCCCUCACCAAGCACAACGUGAAGAAGAUCAACAGAAACUUUCCAGUAAACCAACAGAUUAUAUUUAUGGGCUGGGUGGAUGAGAAGGAACAAGAUUCUGUUCAGGACCGAAUGUACACACCAAAGUUUCUUGCCUUGAGGGGUUCGUCUCUCUUCAAAUUCUCUGCACCUCCAGUCACCACCUGGGACUGGACCAGAGCCGAGAAGAGCUUCACCGACUACGAGAUCAUGUUCAAGAUCCUGAAGGACAUUGAGCUGGUGGACAAGCGGAAGCACUGCUUCAGCGUUCAGACGGACUCGGGUGAGGACAUCUUCUUCAGCGUGGAGCUGGAGUGUGAGCUGCUUCUGUGGGAGAAAGCCUUUCAGAUGGCCACCUUCUUCGAAGUGGAGCGAAUACAGUGUAAAACAUACGCUUGCAUCAUGGACAGUCAUCUCAUGGGACUCACCAUCGAUUUCAGCAUGGGCUUCGUCUGCUUCGAUGCUGCCACAAAGGCUGUGCUGUGGAGAUAUAAAUUCUCUCAGCUGAAAGGAUCAUCAGAUGACGGCAAGAGUAAAAUCAAGUUCCUGUUCCAGAAUCCAGACACAAAACUUAUUGAAGCAAAGGAGCUGGAGUUCUCCAACCUCUUCGCGGUCCUCCACUGCAUCCACGCUUUCUUCGCCGCCAAAGUGGCUUGUCUGGAUCCCAUGUUCGUGAGCAGCCGAAACACCACCAUGGUGUCGGCCACUUCCACCUUAACCGCCCCGUCACAGAUCUCCAAGCUCAAAUACACCAGCUGACAGACUCCAGCGACCUAUCUUCUCCUUGCAGACUUUGAGAACGUAGGAUGAGAGGAACCAGCACUGAUGAACGAGUGGACAUCCACUUUAAAACAAACAAUUCAAGUAUGUGAGAUUGAAAACCUGGCUAUAUCCUCCAGACGGGAAUCAGACUCAAAUUUGAACGUGCGCUGGAUGAAUUUAAAACAUUUUAGCAUCAUUCAUCCAGCUGAUAAUCUUUGAGCUGUGGUUGCCAGGUCAUUCGAAAAAUGGACUCUUUCCUUUUGAUAUUGCGGUGUAUCUGUUUGCAUUCAAAUGAUAUUAACACUUCUUGGUGUGUACUUUUAGAACAUUAUUUAAUCUGGUUAUUGACUGGAAUGGACCUGUUGUGAAAGUGCAUCAUCUUCUAGCGCUGCGUUUUCUCAAACAGUUAACAAAAACAAAACCAGCCAUCUUAAAUAUACACUGACACAAAAACAAACUUCUGAAUGUUUGAUAGCUAUUCAAUAUUUGGCAGCGCAGAAGGUGUUGUUUUGGUCCAGAAUGUUUUUAAUUCACUUAAAUUGAACAUCAGUUUUUAAAUCAGUUGAAAAACUAUUUAAAUGGCGCCCCGUCUGACUGCCUAGAGAAACAGACUGGAGAAUGUGGGACUUAUUUUCAUAUUCCUAUUUUGAUACUUUAAUAAAGGAUGAAUCACGGAGGUGAAGAUGAACUGGAAUUUUAUGACGUGACUGUAUGAUGCACAUUUUAACUUUCUCAAGGGAACGACAAGCUAAUCAAUGAAGUGAUUAUCUUUUUUUUUUGGCCAUUAUCUAAGAUACAUAUAUUAGUGUAUAAGUAGUCAAAAUAUGUCACUCUUUUAACCUGAUAAAGUCAACAUGAAA